UCCUCCCUCUGACACACGCAGCCGAGACACACACUGACUGACAGAUCCACGCACGCAGGAGUCCCGGAGCAGAAGACACUCGUGGACGCAAGACAUGCGCUGGAAGGGCGAAGUGAAAGUGGAGUGCUGCGUCGUUGGCGAGCACGAGCGCGAGUCCUCGUUGCUGUCCAACGAUGACGAGGGCGCGCCGGUGGAAGUUUUGGAUGAAGACGCGUCGUCGCUGCAGACGAUGGCAUCCGCGCCGCUGCUGGGCGGAACACUGUGUGCGAGCUGCAACGAGGAAAUUGUGGAUAAGUAUUUAUUAAAGGUGAACGACUUGUGCUGGCAUGUGCGCUGUCUCUCGUGCAGCGUGUGCCAGACUUCUCUUGGCAGCCACACGAGUUGUUACAUCAAAGAAAAUGAGGUUUUCUGCAAAGUGGAUUACUUUCGAAGAUACGGCACGCGGUGCGCGUGCUGCGGCAGGAACAUCCACGCCACGGACUGGGUCCGCAGGGCGAAGGGGAACGUUUAUCACCUGGCCUGCUUCGCCUGCUUCUCCUGUAAGAGACAACUGUCCACCGGGGAGGAGUUCGCUCUCGUGGAGGAGAAGGUUCUGUGCACAGUCCACUACGAGUGCAUGCUGGACAACCUGAAGAGAGCCGUGGAGAAAGGAAACAAUGUAAACAUGGGGGGGGCUGUGCCCACCGAGCAGGAGAUUAACCAGCCCAAACCCUCGAAGAGAGCUCGGACCAGCUUCACCGCCGACCAGCUGCAGGUUAACCUCCAUCAUCCGUCAGCACAAGUAAUGCAGGCCCAGUUUGCUCAGGACAACAACCCAGACGCCCAAACACUACAGAAGCUGGCGGAGCAGACGGGCCUCAGUCGAAGAGUCAUACAGGUCUGGUUCCAGAACUGCCGAGCGCGCCACAAGAAGCACGUGAGCCCCAACCACAGCUCCAGCGCCCCCAUGACCUCCCUGCAGCCCAGCCGCCCCCCCCAGCCAACCCCGACCCCCGAGGAGCUGCAGUACACAGCGUACGGAGGCCCAGAGGGGUCAAUGCUCUCAGCACUACACUCCUUCAUAGACAUGCACCCUCCUCCACCCAUGUUUCAGCCACUGCUGCCAGCCCAUGCCAUGACCUCCCUGCCUGUGUCUCACGCCUGAGCCGCACACACACACACACACACACACACACACACACACACACACACACACAAGCUUGUCUAUUCUUGUAAGGACAGUGCAUUCACUUCCAUUCAUUACGACAGCACAGAGUGUUUAACCCAAUCUGGUUUAUACCUAACCCUAACCUUCACCUAACCACAACUGACUAGCCCUAAACGUAACUAUUCCAAGCAUCCAAUAACUUCAUUUGCAUUUUUUUGGACUGGGGGAGGAAGAGGGAAACCCAGAGAGAACACGCGCACACACACACACACACACACACACACACACACACACACACACACACACACACAAGGAGAACAUACACACAUCAGUGGAACCAGGAGCCGACCUGGUGACCUUCUUACUGUGAGGCGACAAUGUUAGCCACUGGACCACCAUUUAGCUGUCUCGACUUAACCAUUUACUCAAAAAUGAGGUCCUGCCUGAUUAGGACCAGGUUUGGGACUCCAUAAGGACUACUGGUCCUGACAAGGUCAGUAUUUAUGCUGGGAAAAGGUAACAAUCACACACACACACACACACACACACGUGAAGAUAAGGCUCAGACUCCACCGGCGAUGAUACGUCAUUAGUGUUCAGAUCAAUAUAAUUUCAUUUUCAAGGAAUCUUGAAACCUGUCCCAGCAGUUUCUAAAACCCUUGUUUCCUUUUAGUGCAUUUUUAUGGACGAGUGCAAUCAUUUUCAACCCUACAUUUACUGUACAGUGUUGAGGGGGGAAAGGCUUCAGUGUACCUCGACAUAUAUGGCAUUACUAUCACUUUCUAUCUGUUUGUGUAGUCGUGGACAUCGUUUGACCGUGCUACUCGACGUGAAAACCCCACCACAUCCCAAACCGUCAACCGGGGAUGAACUUGAACUUGUUUGUUUAGCAGUGUUUGUAUAUUUGCAAUUUAAAUUUAUUUAUUGUAUGUGAAGUCUGUUUUGAAAAUAAAAUGUCUAAUUUCACACA